CUUCUUUGCAUAUCGAUGGCUGCCCCUUCGUACUACGAACCUGUCUACUACACCGAAGACCCGAGGUACUACAGCGCUCCCAGCUACUACGAGACUGAGGCUCCUGCCUACUACACAAAGGCAUCCGAAUACUACACCGAAGCGCCCAAGUAUUAUGCUGCUCCAAGCUACACCACAACAGCUGCCUCUUACUACACUACUGAAGCUGCCAAGUAUUACGUAGCCCCAACUUACUACUCACAGACUGCUCCUUCCUACUAUGCAGAGCCGACUUACUACACUGAGGCUCCUCGAUACUACGCUGCUCCAGAGUACUACACCGAAGCUCAGAAAUACUACUCUCCUCCGUCUUAUUACAGCGAAGCCCCGAAGUACUACACCACCAAGGCACCUGAGUACUAUACUACCAAGAAGGCCGAGUACUACACCACAACCUAUGCAGCCCCUAGCUAUCACACUGAAAAAUACUACGCCACCAAGGCUCCCGAGUACUACACCACCAAGGCUCCCGAGUACUACACCACCAAGGCUCCCGAGUACUACACCACCAAGGCUCCCGAGUACUACACCACCAAGGCUCCCGAGUACUACACCACCAAGGCUCCCGAGUACUACACCACCAAGGCUCCCGAGUACUACACCACCAAGGCUCCCGAGUACUACACCACCAAGGCUCCCGAGUACUACACCACCAAGGCUCCCGAGUACUACACCACCAAGGCUCCCAAAUAUUAUUCUGCCCCGGCCUAUUAGGUCAUCUAGAUGAAUUUAUGCAAAGGUGUCUCAUACGUUAAUUGUUCUGUUUUUUAAAUUCAUUGUUAUUUCGCAAUGGCCAACUACACUUUACGCUCAAGUU